CGUUUAUCAUCAAGAAGUACCAUAUGCAUGUAUCCAGGUCCGAAUACACAGAUACGAUGGCCCACCACUACACGUAAGGCACAUUUGCUCAGGCCUCGACCGCUACCAACAGUAAUGCGUCUAAGUGAACAACAAGUUACCAUGGCACCAACAAGACCGAUGAAGCGGCAGAACAGACGCAAAGCUAGACGGCAAGACCAGGCAACGAGAAGACGGGAAAAAACCAAGAAAGUCUCUGCGGCCGUGACCCUUGUCACGGCCAUAGCCCGUGCCACCCGGCGAACCCCUCUUGGGCUAUUCUCCAGGCUUCCAAACGAGCUCAUCUUCCAGAUCAUCUCAUCUGACCUCGACAUACCAACACUCACCAAUCUUCGCCGUGUGUGCAGGUUCUUCAAAAGCACCAUCGACACAGGAGUCAAGGCCUAUGCCGAAUUAGCUCAGAAAGCUCCUUUUCUUCUACAGCGAAUCCUCCUCCAAACCCCCACCUGGGCCUUUUCUUUCAGCUGCAAGGAAGUUCAUGCGGAGCUUACCCAGGACUUACCCAUGACAUGCAAAAAGUGUAACAAAACUGAGGCUAAAUCGUACAACGUACAUAACUGGGCCUUCAAUCUCAUGACUUGCGAAUUCAUGUGCAAUGGAUGCAGUGGCGGCAACUGCCAGAGAGGUCUUGGAAGUAGCAGAAAACUAUGGGUUGAGCGUCAUCUGAAAAAGCAUCUCACAGAAGCCAAUAUCGCCUUUACCCAGGAGAUGCUCGCCAAAGUGUCUCGUCUUCGGGUCGUUCACCCCUGGGAGAUGGAUUGCAAACCGACACAUGGGACCUGGUCUGCUGGACGAGCAGUGACCUGUUAUGACUCAAAGUCUGUGCAACAGGAAUUCGGGCUCGUAAAAAGUAGGGGGUGUCGGUGCUCCGAUGCUGGUUAUCCUAGGUCAGAGGCCCUGAUGUACGAAAACCGAGCAACCUUUAUACCAAUGUGGAGGUUUGCUGCCCUGAACGGCGAUCGGCCGUCCUGGGAGAAGGUCAACUUUGUGUACAGGGGUCCCUAUUGAGGGUCUUGAAGUCGCUGGGCUCAUUCAUCGCAGAGAGGCUCUAUCUGGCCCGUCAUCAACUCCCGCCGGAUUCUCGGCGCCACCCCAUCCCAUUUCUCAAUGGCAUCUUUUUCUGCGUCGAAUGCGUAUAACGGUCGGUUCUGUGGAGAGAUGAGUACAGAGCUUGCGAUGUAUAGGCAGGUAGAUAAUAGGACAUAUAUGACACAUACCUUAAUUUUCACCAUUUCCGGAUCAAUAUCUACAUCAUCAUCCACAUUCUUGAGAACAUUGUGCCAUCGAUCUCGCAAAUCCUCCCCAUGGGUUUGACUUAUCCUCACCCUCGGGAAGCGAAGCUUCUCGUAGGCCCUGGUAGCAACCUCGACUUCGUCCCUCGCUACCAAACCCAGACAAGCCGCCAAAACACCCGCACUCUCCGUCGCCUGACUAGCCCCUUGUGCCGACGUCGGCAGAUGAGCAUGACAGCUGUCCCCUAGCAAGACAAUCCGAUGCGACUUUGGUGACACCCACGUAGACAACGGCUUCCGGUAGCAGAUCUUCCAGUCCAGACACCUGUCCGUAGACAUGAUCGCAUACCUGAUAUCAGGAUCAAUAUCUGCCACCAACUUCCGGACUUCGUCCAUAUCCCCCGGCUGAAACCACGACUCGGGAAUGUCCCCGUCGUCUUUGUGAGAACGCGUUGCGGGCUGGGUCUGCUUUCAUUUCCUCGGAAGGGGAGAAGUAAGCGCGGAAACAGGCGUAGCCGCUGGAGAUGGGGUCGUCGUAGUGGGAGAGGACGAGGGGGCGGGCGAGGGAUUUGAUGCCGUCUGCUGCGACUAUGAGGUCGGCGGAGAGGGACUUGCCAGUGGAGAGGGUUAGGGUUGGUGGUGUUGUGUCAGUGUAGGAGGUUACGUCGGAGGACAUGAGGAUGGGGAUGUUUCUUUCGCGGACCCUGAAAGGGG